GCGACAGGUCUCGGGCCCUCAGGCGGAGCGGCGGGCGCCGGACCCCCAGGUGGAGCGACAGGUCUCGGGCCCUCAGGCGGAGCGGCGGGCGCCGGACCCCCAGGCGGAGCGACAGGUCUCGGGCCCCCAGGCGGAGCGACAGGUCUCGGGCCCCCAGGCGGAGCGACAGGUCUCGGGCCCUCAGGGCGGAGCGGCGGGCGCCGGACCCCCAGGCGGAGCGGCGGGCGCCGGACCCCCAGGUGGAGCGACAGGUCUCGGGCCCCCAGGCAGAGCGGCGGGCGCCGAGUCAUCUGGCACGACAGUGGGCUCCGAGUCAACUGGCAUGACCGCUGGCACUGGGUCAGACAUUGGAUCGUCUGGCUGGACAGCGGGCAUCGGGUCACCCGGCAUCAGGUCAUUUGGCUCGACCGCGGGGGCACCGCAUCAUCUGGCAAGGCAGUGGGCUCCGAGUCAACUGGUAUGACCGCGGGCACUGGGUCAGACAUUGAAUCGUCUGACUGGACAGCGGGCAUCGGGUCACCAGGCAUCAGGUCAUUUGGCUCAACAGCGGGCACCGCGUCAUCUGGCAAGGCAGUGGGCUCCGAAUCA